AUGACGACUUUCAUCGCAAUGCAAACCAGGAGAGUUUUCCGUCUGGGGGCUCCGUACCCGUCGAGCUGUUCCGACGAUUGGACCCACGAUAAGCUCCCAUCGUGGGUGAAUAAAUCGGCGCUGAUUGAGGACUACACCCCUCAACUGUGUCUCGAAUUAUGUCAUUCCGAUGCUCUGAACAAAAGAUGCGCAGGCUGUGUAAUCAAGGGGAACAACAUCUCGCUGAGAGCUGCGAUGGACGCUUUCACGUUCUGCUCGCGGAAUUUGAGCUGUGCUGUGGAGUGGUUGCAAUCAGAUGGAAACUUCAAUUGCAAUUGUCCACAAAGGUGCAGUGAGACGGUCGUGAAAUACCAAUCGUCUUUCGCCGCGUGGUCUACUGAAGACAGGAGCGACCGUCAUCUCGUCAAAGUUUCGAUAUAUUUCACAACAGUUUCUUGGGAACAGGUGACCGAGUUCCCGCUCAUGUCCAGCAUCGCCGCUCUCACCCUCGUUGGCGGUUUCCUGAACAUGUACGUGGGACUAACAUUUUUAUCCCUGUAUGAAUUUAUAGAAAUCGGAGUCUUCAUUUAUGUUCGACUCAAAUCAAAAUACCAAGUUCGAAGGGGGGUGUAG